CAUACACUUACUACGGUUAAAACGAUAUAUGAGCAUAACAGUAUUGGUAUACAGUAUAGACCAAAGUAAACGGGUAUUACAUUAGAACAGGCACAGUGCGUCGAGACGCGCGUAUAUCAGGCCCUUUUGGCGUCGCGGUGCUCAAUUCCCGCGCUUUUUCUCCGGCGUUGCGAAAAGUUUUCCGGGUGCCGACGGGGUGAUUUGGGACUGUGCUCGUUUUCACUUUUGGUCGCACUGCUUGGAUAUCGUCGUAUUGGCAAAGAUUGUUCUUGUAGGCAGUUAGCACGAGUUUUUCCCCGAAUGCGGGACGAAACCGCCAACGAAAACUAACAAAACCUAAAUCAAAAGCCACCUGUUACUGGUUGAGUCAACAGAUCAAAUACGUCGCACGUGGAAUACAGUGCUUCGGAUCUUCUCGAGAGCACCACUUUGACAAAAAGCGACAAUGAGGCAUCAUGCAGCAACUGACGUUCUCAACGGCCCUUGACUUUCGAGUGGUCAUCAUCAAUGCGACUUGAUUAGCUCCGUGAACGAGCGAGCGAGAGAAGGAACAAAGAAUAAUUAGUUUACUUUCGAAACUCGUGUGCGUGAGCGAGAAGGGGACGUUGUCGAGCCUCUGCAGAAUCGCCACUAUUAAAAAAAUAGAUAAUGGUUCCAAGUAAAGCACUCCACUUGCCGAUGAGUUUGCUUUGAAAUUAGCCCGUUGCUUUCUACGGGUCACUGAAGCACACGCAAAGUGGUUUCUUUUAAACUGGAACGAAAAUUGUCCUCAAACGGACGUUGUGAAAAGUCGUUAUUUUCGACGAGUGUGCAGAAACUACUCGCAUCUAAUUACUAUUACUACGACUUUCCCACCGGCCAAUUAGACAAUGGACGAAACUUGGGAUCAACACGUUUCGCCGUUGAUGAUGGGCGUCAGCAUGUCCGACCUCCAUUCAACACAGCAUGACCAUUUGGUUGAUAUGCACGGCAGCAUGCGCCAUCCUGAUAUGAGCAUGUCGCAUCCAGGUCACCAGGACCAAAAUCUGGAAAGCUUGACGGAUGCAGCUGAGGAUUUAAGGGGCCACCAUUCAAUGGCCGCAGCAAUCAGUGGAACUCCUGCCGAUUACUAUGGGCAUCAGCUUUUGGUGUCCGGCCAGCCAACAACCAACAGUGGUUCAUCGCCAGCUUCAGGCGGAGGUUCUUUGAGCCCUGGCGGUUCUGCUGGGCUACCAGGGGCUCUUUCACCUGGUGGAACCUCAUCGACUGGACCUGCCCAAUGUUGCGACAAUGGCAGGCCCUUGAUGACCGACCCGGUAACUGGCCAGAGCGUGUGCUCGUGCCAGUACGACUCGGCCCGACUCGCCCUACAGUAUCCUCGCAGUGUUGGCAUGUACGGCACUCCAUAUCCCAGUACCGAUCAGAACCCCUAUCCGAGCAUAGGCGUGGAAAGUUCGGCGUUUUAUUCACCUUUGAGUAAUCCAUAUAGUUUAAAGGACGCCAGUGGAGCAGCUGAUAUGUCGGCGUGGACCAGUGCAGGAUUGCAACCAACUACAGGGUAUUAUCCAUAUGAUCCAGCAUUAGCUGCUUACGGAUAUGGUGCCGGGUACGACUUGGCAGCCAGGCGGAAAAACGCCACUCGAGAAUCGACUGCCACCCUCAAGGCGUGGCUCAACGAGCACAAAAAGAACCCCUAUCCGACCAAAGGCGAGAAGAUCAUGCUGGCUAUAAUCACCAAAAUGACUUUGACUCAGGUAUCGACGUGGUUUGCGAACGCGCGAAGAAGGCUGAAAAAGGAGAACAAGAUGACCUGGGAACCGAAAAACAAAACGGAAGACGACGACGAUGCCUUGGUGUCCGACAGCGACGACAAGGAUAAAGAUGAUGAUGAUAAACGUGAUGACAUUGAUAUCCAUGGGAGAAUAAAAUCGGAGCGGUCCAACAAGGACCUGGAGGACGACGAUAUGACUGACGAGGAUCGAAAAGAGGAUAUCUUGGGUAACAGUAUGCACCAUAUUCUGGGCAACGGUUACAGUCUAAAAGCGGAAAUUAAAAACUCAGACUGUGGCGUUCCGUUGCCUCCGUCCAAGCCCAAGAUUUGGAGUCUCGCGGACACCGCUGCGUGCAAGACUCCUCCUCCUCCACCUCCGGCGCAGGGGGGACAGUGGUUGGGGAGUUCGAACGGAUUCGCGUUACCGAGCUCUAGAUACAACUCGAACAGCGGAUUCCUGCCCAGCCACUGCCAGCAGGGGUUUCCGGAAGUUCAAACCGACACCCCGCCGCAAACUCCCCCGAACAUGAAACUCCCCACUAUAACGGGCAAUGUGCCAGCUGGUCAAGGGGCCCCUUGCAUAGGAGCAGCCUCCAAUGGAGGCUACUCUCAAAACUCGACUAGCAGUUUUCUUGGAGGCUUCGGACGGAUCCACAGCCCUCAACGUGCUCAACCCGCCAACGGAGCUCAACAGAUGAACGCCUCUAGUAAUGUUGCGGACAAUGCUGCCUUCAAGCCGUUCUAUAAAAGCGCGCAGAAUCUAAACGGAGGAUUUGUGUCUCCGGUUUGAGGCUGCUGGACUUUGAAAAGAUGAUCAACUAUAAGGGGCAUGUGCAAGGAACAAACCAGUCUUAAGGAUCGUUGGAUACAGAACGGCUCUGUAUAUAUUUACAUAAAUAUAUAAUAAAGUGUACAUUUGUA